GAAUCAAAUUGUAAAUAACAAACGAAUUGUUGGUGUUUCUUUUUAGUAAUUAACGUUAAUUAAUUGUGGACAAUUUUAAUCAUGUAUUCAUGUAUCCGAUUAAAUAGAUUGAGAGGAAAAAGUUAUUUGAAACCAUGGCUCAUUAUUCAGAAUAACUGUUAUUCUGACAAAGUCAAUUUGAGGAAAGUUUUGGUGGCCAAUCGAGGUGAGAUCGCUAUACGAGUUUUCAGAGCUCUCAAUGAAUUGGGAAUUCGUUCAGUUGCCGUUUAUUCGGAACAAGAUAAGAUGCACAUGCAUCGACAAAAGGCCGAUGAAGCUUAUCUGAUUGGUCAUAACCUUCCUCCUGUUCAAGCUUAUCUUAAUAUCCCAGAGAUAAUUAAAGUCUGUAAGGAUAAUCAUGUCGAUGCAAUUCAUCCUGGUUACGGGUUUCUCUCUGAGAGAUCUGAUUUUGCUCAAGCCUGUCAGGAUGCUGGAAUUAAAUUUAUCGGGCCCUCUCCUACUGUGAUGGCCAGAAUGGGCGAUAAAGUGGAAGCACGAAAAGCCGCAAUAGCUGCCGGUGUUACAGUUGUUCCAGGUUCUGAUAAUCCGGUGACUCAAGUCGAUGAAGUGAUUAAGUUUGUCAAAGAUCAUGGGCUACCUGUUAUUUUCAAAGCAGCUUAUGGCGGUGGUGGACGGGGUAUGAGGGUGGUAAAGUCUAUGGAUGAGGUGGAAGAAAAUUUCCUCAGAGCAAGUUCAGAAGCAUUGGCUGCUUUUGGUAAUGGAGCCAUGUUCAUUGAGAGAUUCAUUGAGAAACCUCGUCACAUUGAAGUCCAAAUUUUAGGUGAUAAUUAUGGUAAUAUUGUCCAUCUCUACGAAAGAGACUGUUCCGUCCAAAGAAGACACCAAAAAAUUGUAGAAAUCGCCCCAUCACCAAAUCUUGAUCCAAUAAUAAGACAGUCAAUGUUAUCUGAUGCUCUUAAGAUUGCAAGACAUGUCGGUUAUCAAAAUGCUGGUACAGUCGAGUUCCUAUUAGACCAACAAGGAAAUUAUUACUUUAUUGAAGUUAAUGCUCGUCUUCAAGUUGAGCAUACUGUUACUGAGGAAAUCACUGGAGUUGAUUUAGUGCAAUCACAGAUCCGUGUCACGGAAGGAUAUGCUCUCGAUGAACUUAAUCUGCGACAAGAUGAGAUCAAAGUCAAUGGAUGUGCCAUUCAGUGCCGAAUAACAACCGAAGAUCCUGCCAAAAGUUUCCAACCAGAUUCAGGUCGACUUGAAGUAUUUAGAUCUGGUGAAGGUUUUGGAAUACGUUUGGACAGUGCUUCAGCCUACGCUGGUGCCAUUAUCUCACCUUAUUAUGAUUCACUUUUAGUAAAAGUUAUCGCUCAUGCCAAUAAUCUAAAAGCGUCUUCCAAGAAAAUGCUUCGAGCUUUACGAGAAUUUCGAGUUAGAGGAGUAAAAACCAACAUACCUUUUCUUAUCACUUUGGGUCAUCCAAAAUUUGCCGCUGGAACGUGUGACACCUACUUUAUUGAUGACAAUCCACAAUUAUUUGACUUCAGACAAAGUCAAAAUCGAGCUCAAAAAUUGUUAUACUAUUUGUCCAAUGUCAUGGUCAAUGGGCCAAUGACUGCGGUCUCAACCAAACUAAAACCUGCCAAUAUCAUUCCUCAAGUUCCUGAGACCGAAGUUGAUUAUGAACACGUUAAGGGUUGGAAAACUAUUCUCAAAGAAAAAGGCCCUGAGGGCUAUGCCAAAGCUCUGAGAGAGCAUAAAGGUUUACUGCUGAUGGACACCACUUUUAGAGAUGCUCAUCAAUCCCUGUUAGCAACUAGAGUUCGAACCCAUGACUUACUACGAAUUUCACCUUACGUUUCUCAAAAUUUGAAUACUUUGGCCAUCCUGGAGAACUGGGGUGGUGCAACUUUCGAUGUUGGAAUGAGAUUCCUUCAUGAAGAUCCAUGGGAAAGAUUAGUUAAAAUGCGACAACUUAUUCCUAACAUUCCUUUUCAAAUGUUACUUCGAGGUGCCAAUGCGGUUGGGUACACAUCUUAUCCAGAUAAUUUGGUCUACAGAUUUUGUGAGGCAGCUAAACAAAGUGGAAUGGACAUUUUCCGUGUUUUCGAUUCAUUAAAUUACUUGCCCAAUAUUUUCAUUGGUAUGGAAGCGGCGGGUUCGGCUGGUGGAGUAGUUGAAGGUGCAAUAUCUUAUACUGGUGACGUUUCUAAUCCUGCAAAGAAAAAGUAUAAUCUCGAUUACUACUUGAAACUAUCAGACGAAAUUGUUAAGGCUGGAACACACAUUUUGUGUAUUAAAGACAUGGCCGGUCUUUUGAAACCUCAAGCCGCUAAAAUGUUGGUCACCGCUCUUCGUGAUCGCCAUCCUGAUGUUCCCCUUCAUAUUCACACCCAUGAUACUGCUGGUGCAGGAAUUGCCUCUUUAUUGGCUUGUGCGGAAGCAGGGGCUGAUAUCGUCGAUGUUGCCGUUGAUUCCAUGUCAGGAAUGACCUCACAACCAAGUAUGGGAGCUCUCGUGGCCUCGCUCCAAGGAACACCUUUGGACACUGGGAUCACUUUGAAUAAUGUUAGUCAAUAUUCAGCUUAUUGGGAACAAACGAGAACACUUUAUGCUCCGUUCGAAUGUGCUGUCACCAUGAAAAGUGGUAAUGCCGACGUUUACGAAAAUGAAAUACCUGGUGGUCAAUAUACUAAUUUACAAUUCCAAGCUUAUUCACUUGGUUUAGAAGAUCAAUUUGAGAAGAUUAAAAAAGCCUACAAAGAAGCUAAUUUACUUCUCGGCGAUAUCAUCAAAGUUACUCCUUCAUCAAAAGUUGUCGGUGAUUUAGCACAGUUCAUGGUCCAGAAUAAACUGAAUGCUAAGGAAGUUGAAGAGAAAGCAGGUGAAUUGAGUUUCCCAAGUUCAGUUGUUGAAUUUAUGCAAGGAUUUAUUGGUGAACCUUAUGGCGGUUUCCCUGAACCUCUUCGUUCAAAAAUUCUUAAAGGACUGAACCCGAUUACUGGUCGACCUGGUGAGCAUUUAACUCCAUUGAACUUUGUUCAACUCAAGGAUCAAUUAUCAGAGAAACAUGGAACUCCAAUUAGUGAUACUGACGUAAUUAGUUCAGCUUUGUAUCCCAAAGUUACCGAUGAUUUUAUCUCAUUCAGAAAUGAAUUUGGUCCUGUUAGUCUUUUAGACACUAGAAUCUUUCUUGAAGGUCCUCGUGUCGGAGAAGAGUUCGAGGUUAUCAUAGAAAAAGGUAAAACUCUACAUAUAAGAACUCUGGCUGUUUCCGAGACUCUCAAUAAACAGGGAAUGCGUGAAGUGUUUUUCGAGCUCAACGGUCAAUUACGAACAGUUUUAGUCAAGGAUAAAUCUGUUUCUGAGGAAAUUGUAGCAAAUCCAAAAGCUCAGAAAGGAGCAAAGGAUCAAAUCGGUGCUCCGAUGCCUGGAACUGUCAUUUCACUUAAAGUAUCCGAAGGAGAUAAAGUGGGCAAAGGGGAACCUUUACUUGUCCUUAGUGCCAUGAAAAUGGAGAUGGUAGUUCAAUCACCGAUAGCAGGAAAAGUUCGCAGAAUUCUUGCCCAAAAAGACAUGAAAUUGGAAGCAGGAGACUUACUCAUGGAAAUUGACCCAAUCGAUGAGUAGAAGCCAAAGUCAUUCAUGAGUUUAAAUUGUUUUUAGAUCCAAUGACUCUCGAUGUUGACUGAGUUGAUCAAAGUAAUGCUUAAGUCGAAUCGACGAUUAGAAAUCAUUUCAUGUGAUGAAAUUGAUUACCAAUCAAAGUGAUCACAUCAAUAUAAUAUCUCGUCCAAUAUCACAGAUAGUUGAGUAUCGAUCAAGGUUAACAAUCAGAUGCUCAUUUUCCGUUUAAUUAGUAUUUUUAUUAGAUUUUCAAUACAACAUUUAUAACAAAGUUUUUUAGAUGAAAAUUUAUAUGAAAUCUAAAAGCUUCCAAUUUAAUCAACAAUCAGCCUCUCUAUCAUGUUAAUCAGUGAGAAUAGAUUUUACUUAUAUUAGAUAAUAUCUAAUGAAACUAAAUUGUUUUUUAUAAUCUUAUCAUCACAAUCAUAAUUACCUUCAUCUUUGAUAAGAUUGUUAAUUGAUUUCUGUUUUCAUCUAACUCAAACCAAUUCUAUUGGUCCUACAAUUAACUUUUAUGAUCUUUUUGUUAUGAUUUUCAUUCAACUAAUUUUUUUGUUUCAAAUUGUCUUAAAUUGCCAUAGAUUUUAUCUAAACAAUCAAAUCCAAAAUUAUUUCAUUGUUGUUUUUUGAUGCAAUCUGAUUCAGUGAAAAAAGUCAAAAAGUAACUGAAUCAACAUAAUCAACAUUGUGAUUAAACAAAAGUCUUUCAUGUUUUCUUAAAUUGUUAAAGAAAUGAGCUUUUUUCUACUGAAAUUAACCUGGUUAACCUUUAUCAAGAUUAAUAAUCAAUUUUACAAUUAACGUGAUUCUAUCCCAACAAAAGUAAUAUGUUGAUCAAAUUGUUCAAGAAAAAAUCAAUCUUUUUACAUUUUAUUAGUUACCAAAGUACAAUAAACAGAUAAUUGCAUUUAA